CCGGCCCCGGCCCCGGCCCCGCGCCGCCGCGGCUGGUGCUGGCGCUGCUGGCCCGCAACGCGCAGCACUCGCUCCCGCACUGCCUCGGCGCCCUGGAGCGCCUGGACUUCCCCGCCGCCAGCACCGCCCUGUGGUGCGUGACAGACCACAACUCAGACAACACCACGGCGAUGCUGCGGGAAUGGCUCACGGCUGUGGGGAAGGACUACCACUCGGUGCAGUGGCGCGCGGAGGAGGAGCCCAGCUCCUACCCUGACGAACUCGGUCCCAAGCACUGGAGCGACAAACGCUAUGAAAACCUCAUGCGGCUCAAGCAGGAGGCUCUGACCUUCGCCCGGGAGCAGCGGGCUGAUUACAUCCUGUUUGUGGACACGGACAGCAUCCUGACCAACAACCAGACCCUCAAGUUCCUCAUGGCGCAGAACAAGUCAGUGGUCGCCCCCAUGCUGGACUCCCAGACCUACUACUCCAACUUCUGGUGCGGGAUAACGCCCCAGGGGUACUACCGCCGGACGGCCGACUACUUCCCCACCAAGAACCGCCAGCGCGUAGGCUGCUUCGCUGUCCCCAUGGUUUACGCCACGUUCCUGAUCGACCUGCGGAAGGAGGAGACGUCCCGGCUGGCCUUCUACCCUCCCCACCCCAACUACACCUGGUCCUUCGAUGAUAUCAUCGUCUUUGCCUACUCGUGCCAGGCCGCCGGUGUGGAGGUCCACGUGUGCAACCAGCAGCGCUUCGGCUACAUCAACGUCCCUGUGAAGGCCCACCAGACGCUGGAGGACGAGCGCGUCAACUUUGUGCAUCUCACGCUGGAAGCCAUGGUGGACGGGCCCCCCAUGCAGCGCUCCAGGCACAUUUCCCUCCUGCCCAAGCCGCUCACCAAGAUGGGCUUCGAUGAGAUUUUCCUCAUCAACCUGGUGCGGAGGCCGGACCGGCGCCGGCGGAUGCUGGACUCGCUGCGGGAGCUGGAGAUCGCCCCGCGGGUGGUGGACGCCGUGGACGGCAGCGCCCUCAACAGCAGCGACAUCAAGGUGCUGGGCGUAGACCUGCUGCCGGGCUACUACGACCCCUUCUCCGGCCGCACGCUCACCAAGGGCGAGGUCGGCUGCUUCCUCAGCCACUACAACGUCUGGAAGGAGAUCGCGUCCCGGGGGCUGGAGCGGUCGGUGGUCUUCGAGGACGACGUGCGCUUCGAGGUUUCCUUCCCGGCGCGGCUGCGGCGGCUCAUGGAGGAGCUGGAGCGGGCGCAGCGGGACUGGGACCUCAUCUACCUGGGCCGGAAGCAGGUGAACGCCGAGGACGAGGCGCCCGUGGAGGGCGUGCGAAACCUGGUGGUGGCCAGCUACUCCUACUGGACCUUGGCCUACGCCAUCUCCCGCCGCGGCGCCCGGAAGCUCCUGGCCGCCGAGCCCCUCUCCAAAAUGCUGCCGGUGGACGAGUUCCUGCCCAUCAUGUACGACAAGCACCCCAACGAGGACUACAAGCGGCAUUUCGCCCCGCGGGACCUGCUGGUGUAUUCGGCUCACCCCCUCCUGGUGUAUCCCACCCACUACGCCGGGGACAGCAACUGGCUGAGCGACACGGAGACCUCCACCAUCUGGGACGACGACUCCAAGGAGACGGGCUGGAACGGCUCGCGGAAGACCCUGAAGGACUCGCGGGGCGGCGCGGGCCACUCGCUCCGCUCGGCCGCCCGCGACGAGCUCUGACGGGGUGCGACGCUGUGACCAAGGUGGGAAGGUCACGGGCCACAGCCCCGCGGUUGAUCCUGCUGGUUCGUGGGUGAGAGACGCAGUCGCCCUGGCUGGACCCCGCAGGGUCCUGCAGACUCUGCACGGGGCAGGCCCUGACACAGGGUUUGUCCCCCUGGCUCUGAGUGAGACCUCAGAGCUCUUCCUGUGCUUGGUGGAGGGACUUGUGGACCACAAUGCUGCAUCCCUCCUGGGGACACAUCUCCCUGGGAGGGCAGGACUGUCCGGAGCAAUGCAAAACUCCACCAUCUCCUGCCCGUCCGGACUCUGGGGGUUGUUUUUCUGGCUGCUGGUUGAGCCGGGGGCAUGGGCUGAAUCUUACCGUUUCUUUCGUUGCUCCUUGGACAUUGCACGUGGAUCUGCAGAUCACUCACGAGGUGGCAGGCUUUGCCCCUUGCCACCAUCCAGGCUUGGCCCUUGCCAGCGUCACAUUGGGGCUGAAGCCCAGGGAGGAUUAAACCAGACUUUUUUUUUUU